CCUUGUGCAGCUGGAUCUAAUGUGAUCCAUAGACCAGUGACAUAUCCUCUGUGGUCGUCACAGCAUCAGCAGCCAUUCUCACAGGGAUUUCAACUAUCUGCAUCAUGCUGUGGUUAUGAAGAAGAUGACUUAUUGAUUGGAUGGUGACUUGUGGACUUGACACUAUGAGGCAGAUAUGGACCCAAGCAGACUUUGACCUUUUGCAUCACCAUGGUUUCUGAUCAAGAGAACACAUAUGUGGCUUAAAUAGAGUGACAAAAAUGAUGAAAAAAGGAAACAAAGUUGGAGAUAGCAGUGGCUUAAAGAAUGUGGAUAAGAAAGGCAACACAGUUAAAGAUGUCCCGAAGGAUGCAAGCAAAAAGGGCAUUACAGUUACAGAUAGCAGUGUGUUAAAGGAUGGAGGCCAGAACAGCCCUGUUAACAUCCAAAUAGAAGUCACCAAUGCUUCCACCCCUAGCACAGCCUCCAACGAAGACCUCCUCAGUAUUGAGCAAGGGCAGAAAAGGGAGGCAACCAAAGAGGGAAUUGUCAACCCUGUGUUUACAACACAAGGGGAGAUAAUCAAAACUGACAGUGCUAAUCCUGACAUAGUCACUAAGCCUGGUGAACAUCCAAAACCUGAUAUUCACAAAAAUGCUGAUGGACUCACAAAACCCAAUAUUCAUGUGCAUUUCAAUCAUGAUAUUCAUAAUUCUGAUGGACUUUUAAAUCCAAAUAUUCACAUAAAUCCUGAUGGACUUAUUGAUCCUAAUGGACCCAAUGACCUUGAUAUCUUGAAUGAACUUGAAACAAUCAUUAACCCCGUUGAUGGACUUGACAAUCCAGUCUUCUCUAUAGAGACGGCCAGUGAUACGAGUAAAGCCAAUACACCGGAGAAAGUACCCAGCCGGUUCAGCUUUAGUGACAAUGAUGUCAAUCAGUUUAACCAACAGGUUGAGAGCCAGACUUCUAAGCAAUAUCUUACCCCAUCAUGUAAGGCAAAUCACUCAACGCCUAGUAGUGGCCUCACUGUUCCUGAUAUCACAGGUUCUAGACGUCCAAGUGACCCAUUGACAUUUGUUCAGGAUGACAACUUUUCCCAACUUCAGCCUUUGACCACCUCUAAUGGACUGUCCAAGUCUGAGGGACGACUACCCCCUCUCAGCCCGGGGUACCUCACACCCUGUCCCUAUGACAGAUUUCAACCCCCUAAUAGUCCAGGUUUACUUAGCACAAACUCGGCCUGGAGCGAACUUGCCAAACUACAUUCCCGACGAUCAUCCUAUGGGGACUAUACAGAAGACAGUGCAAUGGAGACAGACAAUGCACUAAAUGGUGGAAUGGAAACUAUAUGGGAGGAAUCAACCAACAGUAACAGUCUGUCUGUCGUCAGCAGCAGCCUCAGUGAGCACCUCCACAAUUUGGUCCGUGCUUUCUCCAGCCGGACAGAGCGAGUCAAAGAGACCACCAUCCAGCCUCCGACUCCCUCGUCUCAAGAUGAAUAUGAUACUUACUCUGAUGCUAACUCAGCAAUUUCAGCCAUGGAUGAGCCCGAGCAGAGACAGCACCGUCUGGACUCCUUCAUCCCCAUGCACCUACGUGAGCGAGGACCCAUGGGGCAGUCUGAUGAUGGCACGCUGGACGAGUAUUUCCUUGAGUGUGGAUGUUGUAAAACUCGCCUGCCAUCUUGGCUGAAAAACAUGUGUAGCAUCCCAAGGACACUGGAGCCACAGAGUAAGCUGUACAUGACCUGGUUGUUCCUGGUGACGCUGUGUUUUAUGUACAAUGCCUGGGUAAUUCCACUCCGUGGAAUCUUCCCGUACCAGAACUCUUCCAACCUCAUCUACUGGCUCAUCUGUGACUACACCUGUGAUGCCAUCUAUAUACUAGACAUGUUGGUGGUCAAACCCCACCUUACUUACCUAAACAGUGGUUUGGCUGAGACCAAUCCAAAGUUAAUGAGAAAGAAUUACAUGCAGAAAAGAAUGUUUAAGUUUGAUGUGCUGUCUUUGCUCCCCCUUGACUUGUUUUACCUGCUGUGGGGUGUCGUACCCUGGUUUAGACUUCCACGUCUCCUUAAGAUCCAGACAUUUUGGGAGUUCUAUCAGAGAUGUGACCAGGCUGUUAAGUCGGCUCAUGUGUUGAGGAUUAUAAAGACCAUGACUUACAUGCUGUUCCUGAUCCACCUGGAGACGUGUGGUUACUAUUCAGUAUCGGUGUACGAGGGGAUCGGCUCUAACCGCUGGGUCUAUAAUGGAGAAGGUAUAGCGUACAUCCGCUGUUUUUACCUGGCAACGAAGACUGCCACCUCCAUUGGAAACAACCCUAUCCCUACCAACACACUGGAGUACAUCUUCAUGACUAUAUACUGGGUCUCAGGGGUGUUUGUCUUUGCUCUUCUCAUUGGUCAGAUACGGGACAUUGUGGAUGCAGCGGGCCGUGUGAAGGCCCAAUAUGACAAGAUGAUGGAUGACGCUCUUAGAUACGUAAAGAAUCUCAACUGUCCCAAUGACACACAACGCAAGGUCAGGACCUGGUUCCUGUACCAAUGGCAACAGCAGAAGAUCUCAGAUGAGAAGAAGUUGAUGGACUGGCUACCUAAGAACCUGCGCACUGACCUUGCUAUCCACGUCCACUUCAACACUUUGUCCAAGGUGACCUUGUUCCAGGACUGUGAUAAAACCCUCCUGUUUGACCUUGUCCUCAAACUUAAACCAAUCCUCUUCCUACCAGGGGAAUAUGUCUGCAAAAAGGGAGAGGUAGGGAAGGAGAUGUACAUCGUAAGUCAAGGUCAUGUGGAGGUUGUGGGAGGACCUGAUGGGGCUACGGUUCUGGCCACACUCAAAGAAGGUUGUGUGUUUGGGGAAAUCAGUUUGCUUGCCAUUGCAGCAGAUGGUAAUCGCCGGACCGCUGACGUUAGGUGUAAAGGGUUCACCAACCUGUUCAUCCUCAGCCAAACAGAGUUUGAGGACGCUAUGGCAGAGUAUCCUGAGGCUCACAAACUUCUCAAAAAACGGGCCAAGAAAUUAUUGAGACAAAAUGCAAAGCUAUCAAGUAAAAGUCCUGGUUCAACGGGAAGUUCCAAGGUCGGAGUAGAACCAAUCAUCCGGACACCUUCUAGAGAUACAGAGACACCUAAACUCUUCAAAACGGUCCUACAGAAAUGGGAACAGAAGAACCAGAUGAUAGAUCCAGAUUCUUCUGUUGCCAAACGCCUGGGGUCAUAUUCAUCUGAACACAAGAACAGUAUGACAAUGGAAAGCAUCAACGAGACUGCCAAGUCUGACCAGAUAGUUGACAAGCCUUUGCCUGAUGCAGAUGAGGCAGAGGAUUUCUAUAGCAAGAUGCUUGAAACAGAGUUAAUGGAUCAAGAGACAUAUGAGGCUGUGACUUCUGAGGCAGAAAAGAAACUAUUACAACGUAAUGACACGUUAAACACUGACCAUAGUGUGGACAGCACAGACUCGGGUGUACAGAUGCCUAAGGUUAGCAGUCCACCAGAAAGUAUUGGUAAAACCACCAGUAACAAGGACAGCAAGGAAUCCUUCGUUGGCUCCGAACUCAACGGGAACUUUGAGGAAACUUGUAACUGGGUCAUCAAACAGGCUCUCUCUACCCCCCAGGUGGAAAAAAGGCGGCGCCACAGUCGGGUGGAGGACGAAGCUCAAGUCCAAAAGAUUGUCGAGGUACUGACUAAACAAAAUCGUGUAAUGGGUGUUAAUAGAAAGGACGAAGUGGAACUAAUGUCCUCAUUUUUUGAGGAUAAUGAUCCAUCAGAAAAUGUCCUUAAAGUUCAACAAGUAGCGGCUGACAAAGAUUCAGGUCAGACGUGUGAACGUGGACGAGUUGGUGAAAAGUGUGGAGUUGAUAAAGAUGGAAAAAUAGAGCAAACCAUCAAAGAUGUAAUACCGGCUAAAGAUCAAGUGAAAAAGAAUGCACCUUCUACAAAGCAUGUUGAUGUUAAAACUCCAGAGAUAACUGUCAUGUCAUCUGAAGGUGAAAGGAAAUCGGAUAAUUCUGAUAGUGUGUUUGUAAACAGUGACCAGGAUGCUACAGGUAAAACAACAAGUAACAAUGGCGCAGGUAACACUACGAGUAACAAUGGCGCGGGUAACACUACGAGUAACAAUGGUGCGGGUAACACUACGAGUAACAAUGGCGCAGGUAACACUACGAGUAACAAUGGCGCAGGUAAAACAACAAGUAACAAUGGUGCGGGUAACACUAUAAGUAGCAGUGGUGCAAAUAAGGCAACAAGUAACAACAGCACAGUUGAGGCUAAAAGUACCAACGGUGGGGCCAACACUACAAGUAACAAUGGUGGGGCCAACACUACAAGUAACAAUGGUGGGGCCAACACUACAAGUAACAAUGGUGGGGCCAACACUACAAGUAACAAUGGUGGGGCCAACACUACAAGUAACAAUGGUGGGGCCAACACUACAAGUAACAAUGGUGGGGCCAACACUACAAGUAACAAUGGUGGGGCCAACACUACAAGUAACAAUGGUGGGGCCAACACUACAAGUAACAAUGGUGCAAAUAAGGCUACAAGUAACAAUGGCAGGGAUGUGAGAAAAGCUAACAAUGCUUCAGUGAAGGAAGCCAGUCACAAGGCUGUAGGUCAAAUUGAUACAGUCAACAAGCCUGUGACGGAGAGCAUACCGAGAAACAUCCCUCCGUCGUCUACGUCCAUCUCGCAUAUUUCUAGGGCAUAUGAUCAGAACAAUGGAAUAUUGUUAAACUCCCUGAAUUCAGACAUUGACCAGCGUAAAUUUGUAGCUGACCAAGGUCAUAGGUCACCUGGUGAGCAGCCUAAAGCACGAGAAGUACAGAUGAAUGGGAUCCCGUUACAGAAUCAGAUCACAUGCUCUGUGGAGAUCCACCGCGAGAAAAGCCUCACUCCUGUCUCCCUCAAAGACUGGAUAGAUGGUGCCAAACCACGGACUGAGAGUAUCAACUCCAUCACCAAGGAGAUAACCUUACAAGAGUCGAGCGUAUGACCAGGGAAACUCGGGAAAUGGUUGUUAGGGAAUUUAUUAUAUUUUGUUGCCAUUUCUAUAUGAAGAUGAGAUUCAAACAGUAAGACUUGAUUUGUGAUAAAUUUAGGAGGUUUAAAGUGUCAUUGCGGUGUAAAAUUUAAAUUUGAACUCAUUCACUUUUUGGCUAUUAAUUAAGGGAGACAAUGACGCUGGAUUCAAUUUCAGGUCAGCAACUGUAUGCUGUUGGGUUCCUUAUUGAUUGUAUAUAUGUGUAAUGUAAAUAUAUAAACAGGUCUGUAUCCAAUAGAUGUACACUCGUACAUGAUGGUCAACAUUCCCCUCCCCCCCCAAUCAAAUAGAUAAAACCAGUGUCCCACAGUUUCUUAGUUACAUGUACAUAAUGCAAUUCUUGAGAACUUGGGGUAUAGCCAAUAGUUUUUGGGGGUGAAACAAACCCUUCAUUUUUGGGUUUUAUGGCACAAAAAUCAAUACACACAGAGAUUGCACAUAUUGUUAUGUCAAAAAUCAAUACACACAGAGAUUGCACAUAUUGUUAUGUCAGAAGCUGUUUGUGAAACUCUUGUUUGUUAAGACUUUUUCUUCUUAACCUUUUGUACAUAUUAUCUAAAGUAUGGUAAAUUUUAACCAAACAUGGCUGUGUGAUCAAGAAAAUGUGCAAUAUGUAUGUUUAUAACAUUGUUUAAUUGUUUGAUUGAAAUACAGAAGUUGAUGACAAGUCCAGAUAUUGAGCCAUGAGUUAAAAACAAUAUCAGUUUAUGUGAUAGGGUUUUAGGGGUUUUUCCCUGAAGUGUUAUAUUUUUUUCUUAAACAUGACGUUGCCAUGUAUGUUAUCUUUGUGUGUACGGUUUUGUAUUUUAAACUUAUACAAGUAGAUAUAUAGUCAAUAAACCUUUUGUUUUUUAAAUACAGAAUUCAUUUGAAAUCUUCUUUUAUUUACGAAAGUUUUAUAUUUUUGCUGAGAGUAUUUCUUUUUCAUAGUAUAUUACUUCAAAUGAUUUUAUUGUGCAGAUCAUCCAUUAAUCAUUACCUAGCCAGUGUAAAAUUUUAACAAAUGGUGUAUAAAAUACCAUAGCCUACCUAUUAAAUGCCCUUGACAAUUAAAAAUAAGGAAAAAUGAGAAUGAUAGCUGAACCCUCCAAUAUGACAGACACUUUUCUGAAGUAUGGUAAUUAUAAUAUAAGGUGGUCAGUUAUGUUAAGGGAAAGGAUGCCUAACCAGGAAAUGCAUAUGGAACACUUAAGAGGUAUGGGGCACAUAUUAGGUCAAAUACAUUUCCCACAAACCAAAAAAUCGGUACAUUACCUGUUGCCCAGUAAGGUUAUAUCCUGAAGUCAAAGAAGACAGCAAAUUAUAUUAUAAUGGAACCAAUCGUUUUCCAAGAAAUUAUCAUGUGAUUUACUAAAUAAUAGUUUAACUAGCCUGUACUUAUAGAGUGAUGUGCAAGAAGUCUGUCCCAUAAGAAUUUAAGUUAAUCUUCUUUUUGACAUCCAAUUUCAAUAAAUAUUUACAUCCUUAAGGAGAAUUAUACAUUGGUUCUGGUUGUAAUAUUUAUUAAGUGACCUGUGGCUGUAUUAUUGAGAUGUGACUCUCCAUCUCUACAUAAAAUCAUUUAUUUGACACCAUUCCUGGUAUUGAAAGUUUGACUGUUCUGUAUAUAGUUGGAAACACAGAUACUAGUAAAAGGCACAGGAGGCACGGUAGUCCAGUGGUAGGACGCCGGGCUCGUGACCGAAGGGUUGCGGGUUCGCGCCAC